AUGGAGUAAGCAUUCAAACAUAAAAUUUCUAUUGCACCUAUGAUCGAUAUUACUUAUGAACACUUUAGAGUGUUCUUUCGACUUCUAACAAAGAAUUGUGUACUAUAUACAGAGAUGAUUCAUGAAAAUGCUAUAAAUUUAAGUCGAGUUUUAAAACCAUUUCCACUAGUAUUAGACUAUUCUUAAGUUGAACAUCCAGUUGUUUGUUAGUUGGGAGGUAAUGAUCCAGAAAAAUUGGCAAAAGCUGCUUAAAUAGCAGAAUUAGCAGGCUAUGAUGAAAUUAAUCUUAAUGUAGGAUGUCCUUCUGAAAGAGUAUAAGAUGGAGCAUUUGGUGCUUGUUUAAUGAAAGAGCCACAUUUAGUUGCUAAAUGUAUGAAAAGAAUGAAAGAAGCUGUAAAAAUACCAUGUACGGUGAAAUGUAGACUUGGAGUUGAUAAUUUGGACACAUAUGAAUUUGUUAGAGAUUUUAUAGAAAUAGUCCAUAAAGAAGGAGAAGUGAAACAUUUUAUAAUGCAUGCUCGUAAAGCAUUUUUAAAAGGUUUGAAUCCACAUGAAAAUAGAACAGUUCCCCCUUUAAAAUACGAAUGGGGUAUUAAAGAACAUUUAAAUUAGUUUAUUAAUUAAAGAAAGAAUUUCCUUAAAUUACAUUUACUUUGAAUGGGGGUAUAAAAUGUACUGAACAUAUUGAAUAAGUAUUACCAAAUGUAGAUGGAAUUAUGAUUGGUCGUACAGCUCAUGAGAAUCCAUGGAUAUUUAGUGAUUUUGAUAGACGAUAUUAUGGAGAAUAAAAUCAAAAUUACAAUAGAAAAGAGAUAUUAGAAGUAUGUUUUUAAAAUUAUGAUAAAGUUGUAUGCAGAGUUUAUAGAAGAAAAGAGAGCUAAUGGUUGUAAAGUAUCAACUCAAAUGUGUGUAAAACCAAUAAUAAAUCUAUUUAAUGGAGAAUCUAACAAUAAAAAGUAUAGAUAGUUUUUAAGCAAUACUGAUAAUCAUAAAUUAGGAUUUAGAGGGAUGAUAAAUUAAGUUAUAGAACAUAUGAAAGAGUGGAAUCAUGAAGCAUUGUUGGUGAGACCUAAUGAUUAUAAAUUCUGAUAUUAAAUUUAAUCGUUAAAAAAA